AUGAACAAGACAGAGCAGUCACAGAAUCAACAAUCAAAGCCGCGGAUAAUAAUUGUGCAUGGUAGCGCAAUAACACCUGGAAUUAUUAAUCGGCAUUGGUAUAAAUGGUUGCAAGCGGAAUUACAGAAAUUAGACUUUGAUACAAUCGCACCAUCAUUACCUGAUGAGAAAGAAGCGAAAGACUGCAUAUGGAUACCAUUUCUAUUGGAAAAAUUAGGUUCCGCGGAAAAUGCUAUCUUAAUUGGACAUAGUUCAGGUGCCAUGGCCAUUCUACGGUUAUGUGAACAAGUAAAAGUUCAAGGACUCAUAUUAAUAUCAGCUGGUUAUGAAGGUAAUGAUGAAGACCAACUAUGGAAUUGGAAUAAAAUCAAAGACAAUACACAAUGGAUUGAACAAUUUCACAGUUCUGAUGAUCCAUUUACACCAGUUAAUAGUAGUCGUUAUAUAGCAAAAAGAAUACAAAGUACAUAUCAUGAGUUCCAUGAUCGAAAUCAUUUUUUAUGUCCUGAAUUUCCAGAUUUAAUCGAUAUAAUAAAAACUCGUUGUGGGUUAUCAUAA